UGGGAGGGGCUCGCACCGACUGGCCUGGAGAUGGCGGAGGCGGCGUUGCAGGCUGUGCGAAGGCAACUCUUAGAAUUCCCAGCUACUGCGGGAGGUCAGUGGGGUUUUACUACGAGGCUACGGCGGCCUUCUUUGGCCCUGCCAAAGUCAACACCAAAUGCGGGUGAAGCGCAGGGCACGCCGGGAUUAGUAUUCCUUUUGCCCGGAACUCACCCCCUCUAGGCUGCGGAGCGACUGCCUCUUAGGGUGUAGGCGCAAUGCGUACUGGGAAUCUGCACAAGGACCACUACGAGAACCUGUACUGCGUGAUAGCCGGGGAGAAGCACUUCCUCCUGCACCCACCCAGCGACCGGCCUUUCAUCCCCUACGAGCUGUAUACCCCAGCCACCUACCACAUGGCGCAGGACGGCUCCUUCAGGAUCUCGGAUGAGGAAGCGUCGGAGAAGGUGCCCCACCUGCAGGCAGUCCCCGUGCAGGCCCUGGUCCCCUGGAUCCCCCUGGACCCCUUGGCCCCAGACCUGGUCCGCUAUCCCCGCUACGAGCAGGCCCGGCCGCUGCGCUGCAGGGUGCAGGCGGGGGAGAUGCUCUACCUGCCGGCUCUCUGGUUUCACCACGUCCGUCAGUCUCACGGCUGUGUCGCCGUGAAUUUCUGGUACGACAUGGAAUAUGACCUCAAGUACAGCUACUACCAGCUUCUGGACUCCCUCUCGCAGGCCGCAGGCGUCGGCUAGGGAAGGCCUUGUGGGAGCUGCCUUCCCAGGUCUCUGGACGCCCGUCCAGAAACAUGCUCACUUCUAGAGAAGCCCUGGGCUGCGAGGCUUUUUCCUGGGGAGAAGCCGGCUGUGGUGAGGGAUCCGUUUGGGACAGUUUUGCCAGACAGGCUGGUCUCUGAAGCGAAGGGUGAGCCGUGGCUGAUGUGCCCCCCCCCUUCCCCCCGCCACCCCUGGGGUAGAACUCUGGAGGAGGGGGUCUGGAUGGGGCUGGGGGGAGGGGGGUUUUGGGGGGGGGGAUCCCUCUGGUGUGUAAGAACCUUCCUGCCUGUAUGGCAGUCACUCUAGCCCUUUCCUUGGCCGAGUGCCUACAAAUCCAUGAUUCGCCCUGAUGUCCUCGGCUUUCCUUCUUCCCAGAGCAGCAGCCCGCCGCUCUAUGGGGCACUCACACCUUGGAGCCUCUGUGGGGAGCCGGGAGGGUUUGGUACAAGGACGGGGGAGGGGCAGCUUUCACAGAAGGAGGAUCCCUGGUGUAAUAAUUAAAAGAGUGGGAGCCAUAAACUAUGGCAGUUAAAAGAGUUGAUGCCAUAAACUGUAAGAGUUAAAAUGGUGGAAGAUAUAAAUUGUAGUAGAUAUGAGAGUGGGUGAGUAAAUUGUGCCCUCUGGAAAUAUGUUUUCACUACAGUGUUUUGUUUUUAAAUCAAAUAUACGGUGGUCGCCAGGGAAAUAUUCCCAAUUAUGAAUAUACCCAAGUCAACUGGGUUUAUAGAGAGUUUUAAUUAAUAAUACAAUGAGGAAUCAAAGAGAGAGAGAGAGAGAAAAAGGAAAUAAAUGUGAAAAGAAUAGGCCGGCCCAGGCAGCACUGGCCAACCCAGGCUUAAGCCCCAAAACAAAAGAUCAGUCAGUCCUAAUCACUCACCAGAAGAUCUGUUCAAGCGAGGAUUCAGGGGGACAGAGUCUCCCCAGAGGUUGUUCCAGCCAGAGUCAGCCUCCCUUGAAAGACCUCCUUAGAGAUUGUCUCUCAAGAGCCUGUAUAUCUCAAGAGAUUUUUUCAACAGUCUGUCCUUUUUCUUAUAGAGGGGGUUUUCUCCUAUGUUACCUCCCCUAAGUUCUUCCAUCUACCAAUCACGGUAGACGUUUUCCAAAGGACAGCCCAUUCUGAAUCCACACCUGAGUAGACUAAUCCUUUUAGUACUCCACACCUGAGUAGGUUAGAAUCUCUGUGUAAGUGUUUUCCUCUUUGCUCCUUUUAAGUUCACAAGUUGCCUGACCUUUAUAGGUACUUAGCACCCCUUUGUAAUAAUUCUAAAAAUAGGCAUGGCUUAAGUAUGGGUUUAAGUACUUUUCAUUGUUCUGCAAGGAGUUUUCUUCCCUAAAGCAGUCUUAAGUAGGGAUGGAGUCCCAUUUCUGAUCUUAAGUAGAGUUCUCACAUUUUAGAUCCAAGUAGCUUCAUUGUUUAAAAUGGGGAAUGGUCUUAACCAAAUGUUCUAAGGUAGAGUCUGAGAAUCUUUUAACAUUCACAAGUCUGAGAAAUUUCAAGAUUCACACUGGGCCCUCGGGCUCAGCCUGGGCCUCACAUCUCCCCUGGCCUCUGGGGGCAUCCCCAAGCCUUCCUCCAGGAGGACAGGAUGGAGGGUAAAACGUAGUGAGUAUGUUCAGAGUAAGAUGAAAAUAAGAGCACAGAAUCUCCAAACAGGCAUGUUCACACAGGACUUCAGAGUGCCUGAGAGAAUCAGCCCUUUGAUAGCCCCAGAGUGCCAGGCUCUGUGCUGAGUGCUUUAUUUUAUUUUAUUUCAUCCUAUUUUAUUUUUUAAGCCCUUACCUUCCGUCUUGGAAUCAGUCCUGGGUAUUGGCUCCAAGGCAGAGGAGCAGUAAGGGCUAGGCAAUGGGGGUUAAGUGGCUUGCCCAGGGUCACACAGCUGGGAAGUGUCUGAGGCCAGGUUUGAACCCAGGACCUCCCCUCUCUAGGCCUGGCUCUCCAUCCACUGAGCUCUAUAAAAAAUAGACUCGAAUACAGGACUACAAUCCCCACGAGCCUUUGCUCCACUUCCCCAGAAUGCCUUGUAAUCUCAUCUGGGCCGAGAUCAAGAAGGUAUUUAAGCUGAUUCAAAGGCUUUUGAGGCUCUCUCUCUCUUGGCUCCUUUUGGACUUCCAUUUUGGAGCAGGCUCGUCUCUUGCGUGAUGUGAGGUUAUUUUGUCUAGGCCUCUGGCCUAGGCACAUGUUUCUUGUAUAUUCUUUAAUCUUUAGCUUUUAAUAAACCUCUAAAAAAUAUAAUACUCCUUUCAGAGAGAAACUAAUUUCUACCUGCCUCAGUCUCCCCGUCUCCCCUAAAUUUUAAUCUUUACAGUUUGGAGACCUAAUGGAAAAAAAAAAAACUCAAUCUUCUGAAUUCUUUUCCGAUCUUUAGUUCAACUUUUAAUAGCUAGUACCUUGAAAAAAAAUUUUUUUUGAGCCAUAUCUCUCUGGCCAAGGUUUUCUACCCUCGCAAAGCUGCUACAGGCUCCAGACCUGCUGCCCACCCCACCUGGCUCCACCCCGCCACUUCCUGCUUGCAGCCCUGAUCAUCCUCACCUGGUACCUGGUCCCGGCCUUGCCCACCCCUGCAGCUGCCCCUGCUCCUGGCCUCUCACCGGCCCGCUGCCUGCCUAUUUCUGGGCCCCAGACCCUCGAGCACAACCCCAGUUGGUUCAUCACCCAGAUCCUUGGAGCAGAUCGCUCAGGACUCAUUGUGACCAGCUGGUAACAGUAUUGGCCACGUGGGUGGAGGGGAGAGUGGAGACGGAAAGGAGACCGGGAAAUUUUCCCUUAGGCUAAGCCUCCAUGUGGAUGGGGGUAUUGACCACAGGGGUAUCAGAGAGGGGAAAGAGAGAAAAGACUAGAGAGAAGAAACAGAUCUUUUCAAACAGAAACCUAAAAAGCAAUGGGUUUAAAAGGAUUUUUGACUCUUCUGGCAAUUUCAUUGAUUUUACCUGCCUGUCUGGGAGCAGACUCAGCCCGAAGAUUCAACUUUACCUCUGGGGAAGAAAAUGGGUGGCCCAGCGAACUGGAAGCCAGGCCCAGAGAUGGGAGGUCUCUAGUUAAAAUCUGGCCUCAGAUGCUUCCCAGUUAUGGGGCCCUGGACGGAUCCCUUGAAUCCCAUAGCCUAGCCUUUACUACUCUACCUUCGGACAAUAGACAUUUAAAUGGAUAAUUAAAAACAAACAAACAAACAAAAAAAAACCCCAAGGAACUUUGAAGAGACUAAAGGCUAUAUUCUAAGGCAUUUCAGACUCCAAUGGUUUAUUACAAAAUCUCUGUAUUCUAUUGCAUUUUUUGUUUAAGGUUUAACUUUGUGAUUUUAAGUUCAUAUAUUACUGGAUUCAAUAUUAUUCUGUGAACUGAAGGUUGAUUGAAUUUAUUUUGAAUGUACUGAGUUUUAAAAUUCUGUUGUUUUUCCCCUAUAACUGUGUUGAUAUCUACAUAUUUGUACUACUGUAUUUAUAAAGAUGAAAAAAUUGCUAACCUUGUUCAAUUCAUUUGCUUUGUACUCACAGUGAUCAUGGCCAGAUACAAAGAGGAAAUGGAUUUCAUUUUUUGGUGAGAAAGCCUUGUAUUUUAUAUUUUCUUAACUGACACAGAGUGUCAAUGGUUAUAAGCUAUAUUUUUGAAUUUUUUAAAGCUCUUUUAUUAUUAUAUUUUUCUUGCAUGUGCAAUAUACUUUUUCAGUUUUUUUUAUUAUUUUUUCUCUCCUUUUUAUAUUUGAAGCACAUGUCACCAGUAUUAAGAUUUUCUUUAACCUUUUGAUUCUUAAGUUUAAGAUACAUUUGCUAAUACAUGCCCUAAAAGGCUUGUGACUAUAAAAAUGAUGCCACUAAUUAUUUAAAUAAAUUAUGGGACUUUGCUUAAUGAUUCUGUCUGAUUCCAGGACAAGAGAUACACACAAGAGCCAUUUCAUAGGGCCAAAGAAAGGCCAAUCUAGGAUGGAUUGAUGCACUUCUAGGCCAAUACAAAGGUCUUGAACCUAGUGUGAAGACUCGAGGUUACUAUGUUUAACAUGUGUUAAGACAUAGGCUUUCCUUGUAUCCACACUCACCCUGAAGAUAUCUCCGAAACCUUGGCUCCUAUAAUCUGGUCCCCUUUUCUGCCUCUCAUAGUGUGGUACCUUUCUGUAGUCCUGGCACUGAUUGGGUAAAUGCAUCAUUUCUUAGAUCAUUUUGAUUGGGCCCUGAUUGAAGGACCUGUUAUAGAUUUAUUUUUCUUCUACUUGGAAUUUUUACACAUAAGACUUUGAUAGUCUAUAUUUUCAUCCAGAAAUUUUUCUUUUGGAUUUUCUGAUGUCUUUUUAAUAUCUCUUGCCAAUUGAUUCAUAUACCUCAUACCUCAGCCAUGCAUCCCUAACUGAUUCUGAAUCUUUCAAUUACCCACAACACGGGGGAAUGUAAAAAAAAAAAUCAUUUAAAUUGCAUAGUUUAAAUUCCUUUUGAGAAGAAUUUUAGGUAAAGAAGAUGCUACCUUUCUGAAUCCAGAACUGAACUGUUGGAGAAGCCACCAUGAAGAAGCCUCCAGACCACAAGUUGCACAAAAUUGAACUUUGGGUGUGGUUGAUUGAACAUUUAUUUGUAUGUAUACUUUUAUGCCAAAGGGGACUGCCCCCUAAUGGCUUUUUGUCAAUGUGUUCAGCAAUUAUUGGUUUUAUUCUUUUUUCUCUUAUCCUCAAAUUAUUGUAAUCUUUUAAGUUUAUUAUGUUUUUAUGAUCCUUUUGGGGGAAAAUUAAUUUUUCCAAAAAUGAUCAUAUGGGGAAUGUAAAAAAUAGACUCGAAUACAGGACUACAAUCCCCACGAGCCUUUGCUCCACUUCCCCAGAAUGCCUUGUAAUCUCAUCUGGGCCGAGAUCAAGAAGGUAUUUAAGCUGAUUCAAAGGCUUUUGAGGCUCUCUCUCUCUUGGCUCUUUUUGGACUUCCAUUUUGGAGCAGGCUCGUCUCUUGCGUGAUGUGAGGUUAUUUUGUCUAGGCCUCUGGCCUAGGCACAUGUUUCUUACUUGUAUAUUCUUUAAUCUUUAGCCUUUAAUAAACCUCUAAAAAAUAUAA